AGCAACGGAAGAUAAAUAAAUGGUGGCCGUGGAAAAAGAACUUCUCGCUCAAUCAAAGGAAAAUUAAGUAAACAAGCAUAGCUUGGCAUUAGAAGUUUAGAUUCGUGUUUCAGGUCACCAAAAAUCAAUAAUGGGUAACACACUCAAGAGGGCUGCCCAGUGGACGUCCGCCCGAGAUGGGUCGGGCGGCAAGUUGGAGUUCACACCGCUUAACGCACAGAUCCUCAACAGCAUCAUCAAGUUCUGUGAGGGAUACAGCGGUGGACAUCCUGAGGAGUCGAAGAUCUUCUUCAAACAGCCACUUGUCUGGGACACUGCAUUAGAGCCAUCUCAUUUUGGGGGAGGCUAUUCCGAACAAGGUGGUAACAUGGUGUCUGAUGAGACUGGAGGAAGUGACAACCAGCCCACACUCACACUCAAGAAGAAACGCGGUGGCUAUGAGGUGCACGUCUCAACCUGGGAACAACUCGAAAACGUCUUGAAAAUGGCCGGCGAAGAAAAGAUGACUGAAGUUCGAUCAUGUCUUGAAGCAAAUCGUGAUCCCAUCGCGAACAUGCUCGGUGAUCGUUUUGCCACAACGGAGGGGGAGGACAACUCGGCGUACCGGUUCAUGGAAGAAAUCCUUCACAGCAAAUCAGGCGAGGAAGGCGGUGAUGAUGAGCAGGUCGGCGAGAAGAAGGCCGCGCUCAAACUCCUGCUACAGUUGCACAACUUGGACUCGAAGCUUUUACAGGAAUCACUCUCACAGAUCAACAAUGAAGUGCGCCUGACGCCAGUUGCCGUUGAGAGUGAAGUAAAACUUAUCCGUGAUUACUCCGGAGAAGACGAAGACCGUCAUGUUGUUGAGUACAUCGAAUUCGCAGGAGUAUACACCUAUGUUUAUGCAAAUGGUUGCCGAGCACCGCCAUGGCGACAGGUUCAUGGCGACAUCUGUUAUUUGGAGAUCAAACCACUAGAUGGUGAUACCGUCUUCGUCACUGCCAGCACCAACGGUUACUAUGAAAACGGAGGCUUCACCAAAGAGAAACAUGAGCUUAUUUUCGACAAACAAGGCGAGAUUGAGCGAGAUCUUGUCUCGUUCUUGAAGGCAAAAAGUCCAAAGUUUGCUGAGAAUAUUGAUAAGCAGAGCUUUGCCCUUCAAACAGAAGAGCGCGACUAUCUCGACACAACAGCAGAUCUCCGCGACGACCAAGACUCCGAGAGAAUGGACCGCCACGAGCAUAAAUCACAACGUCGCGAUCACCAUGAUCAGAAAGACGAUAAGAAAGAAAAGAAGAAAGAACAUAAGAAGAAGAAACUGGAACCGUCGCUGAAGUGGAAGAAUCUCGGGAUUGAGGAACAUAAGAAAGAAGAUGAGAAAAAAGACAAAGACAAAGACAAGGAUGACAAGACAUUGUCGCCCAGAGGCAAGAGAUACCCAAUCAAAUCGAGCCGAGCCCAGCAUCACGACGAGGAUGAACCUUUCAGUGAGAGCUCCAGCGAAUCAGAAGAGGAGGAGGAGUCAGCUGAUAGGAGACAGGAAGUGAACUCUGACCUCCCGUCUGAAUAUUGGCAGAUCCAGAAACUUGUCAAAUACCUCAAGGGAGGCAACCAGACAGCUACCAUCAUCGCCCUCGUGUCGAUGAUGGACUUCAAUCUCCAGCAGGAGACUUGCCAGCUCGCCAUCCGCGAUGUUGGUGGUCUUGAGGUCCUCAUCAACUUGUUAGACACUCAAGAAAUCAAAUGCAAGAUUGGAGCCCUUAAGAUCCUGCGUGAGAUCUCCAAGAACUCUCAGAUCCGACGCUCGAUCGCCGACCUCGGUGGCCUACAGACCAUGGUGCGAAUCCUUCGCGAUCCCAACAAGGACCUCAAAUGUCUUGCGGCUGAAACUAUUGCGAAUGUAGCCAAAUUCCGCCGAGCGCGGCGUACCGUCCGACAGCAUGGAGGAAUUAGAAAAUUGAUGGGUCUGUUGGACAAUGAUGACAUGCAGGUCGGUCUUCUUGACUGUGUCAGUGUUGCCACCAACAAGGGCUCUGAGAACGAGAAGGACAUCGAGGUGGCACGCAGCGGUGCCCUGGCGCUGUGGAGCUGCUCCAAGAGUACCAAGAACAAGCAGGCAAUGCGCAAAGCGGGAGCGAUACCUUUGUUAGCAAAGCUGCUCAAGUCGACUCAUGAGAAUAUGCUCAUCCCUGUGGUAGGAACGCUGCAGGAAUGUGCUUCUGAGCCGAGUUACCGUCUCGCCAUCAGAACAGAGGGAAUGAUUGAGGAUCUUGUGAAGAACUUGGACAGCGAGAAUCAAGAAUUACAAAUGCAUUGCGCGAGUGCCAUUUUCAAGUGUGCCGAGGACCAAGAGACACGUGACCUCGUCCGCUUUUACGCCGGCCUUGACCCCCUCGUCAAGCUGCUCAGGCAGAAUGAAAAUAAGGAAUUGCUCGCUGCUGCUACCGGCGCAAUCUGGAAAUGUGCCAUCAGCCCGAAGAAUGUGGAACGGUUCCAGGAGUUAAAGGCGAUCGAUUUGUUGGUCGGCCUGCUCAAUGAUCAGCCAGAAGAGGUUCUCGUGAAUGUGGUAGGCGCACUGGGUGAAUGUGCCCUGGACCCCCCUAACAGGAUGGCUAUCCGUAAAUCCGGUGGCAUCCCGCCCUUAGUCCAGCUUCUCACCGGUACAAACCAGGCAUUACUUGUGAACGACACCCGCGCUGUGGGGCAGUGUGCGGAGGAACAGGAAAAUAUGGCCAUCAUUGACCGGUUAGACGGUGUGCGGUUGCUGUGGUCGUUGUUAAAGAAUCAAAACCCCGAAGUGCAGGCGAGCGCUGCCUGGGCCAUCUGUCCAUGUAUUGAAAAUGCCAAGGAUGCGGGAGAGAUGGUGCGGUCGUUCGUAGGGGGCCUAGAAUUAAUCGUCAGUUUAUUAAAAUCAGAAGACAAGGAAGUGUUAGCAAGUGUCUGUGCCGCCAUUGCGAAUAUUGCCAAAGACGAGGAGAAUCUGGCUGUCAUUACAGAUCACGGGGUUGUGCCGAUGCUGGCGAGAUUAACAAAUACGAGCGAUGAUAAACUACGCCGACAUCUCGCCGAGGCCAUCGCAAGAUGCUGCAGCUGGAGUAACAAUAAGAUCGCAUUCGGCCGUGAAGGUGCGGUGGCGCCACUAGUGAAAUACCUCAAAUCUAAAGACGAGAAGGUGCACAGAUCGACGGCACGCGCGCUAUUCCAACUUUCUAAGGACCCUAAUAACUGUAUUACAAUGCAUGAAGCUGGCAGCGUAAAGUUCCUACUUGUUAUGGUUGGCUCACAGGAUGAAGUUCUCCAAGAAGCCGCUGCAGGAUGCAUCGAAAACAUCCGACGACUGGCCUUGGCAAACGAGAAAGCAAAAACAUCAUAAGCUGUGACAACGAUGAGAUACAAUUCUGCCGACUACCUAAAGCAUUGAGACGUUUUGAGAUUUUGAGAGAAAGUUUAAGAUUGCAAGAAUCAUUAGAAUAAGAUUAUGUCUUUUACCAAUUAAGCAGUUUUGAGUUUCGUGAAUGACUGUCUAUAUCCACCUGGCAAAUAGCGAAAAUUUCCAAAAAUCUUUAUUUUUGAUAUGUUGUGGACAAUUUGGUUCUAUAACUAUGAUAGCCUUGCUCCUGUUUAAUUCUUAGGGUCAUACUUGCGAUGAUUCCUGUUUAAGUUCCAACCCUGGUAUGACAUUGAAAAGUUAAGAUGCCAGUUGGUCUUCUUGUUUACUACCGAAUCAACCAUUUAGGUUCUCUUUACUCAGAAGGGUGUUGCAGGCAUGACAGGGCAUGUACAGGGGGAAUCAGAACAGCCCCCCCCCCCCCUCCCUCCCAGCUCAUGCAGUGCAUAGAUUUUGACCAGGACGGGGCUACCCCUUGGUCAAUUUAUCAAAUUUGGGGCAGGUCAGACCCCCUCUGCAGUCUCUGCUAAAAUCAGACACGCCCCUGCAUCUGCUGUCCGACUCUGGUGGGAAGGGGAUUAAGGAAUUUGAGAUUGCUUCUAAUUUUUCAAUGUCUAUACCAGUUUGGUUAUCAUGCUUUGGACUGUGAACGAUUCUAAAUCUGUCCUUUCCUGGUUUUUAUUUAUUUUGGAGAAAUAACUUUGCUUGUUAAUUGAAAUAUAUCCGUUUGUAAGCAAAAAUUGGUAUCCGUCCAUCUGUUAUGCUGCUUCAGUUUAUGGCAACACCAGUCACCAUGGCAACAUCAUUGUUGCUAUGGAAACCAUAUUAUGUUUGCUGAAAUUUGUAUUUUGAUUAAAAACAUACAUCACUGUGAUAUCUGUGGAGAUUCCUUUUCAUUUGUCUGUUGUAUCGAGGCGAGGAAUAUAUACAAUAAAUUUACAUUCUUUUUACAAA